AUGGGGAAGAAAGUGAAAAAAGAGAGUGAGCCUCCAUCUAAGGAUGUGGUAAGAAGAUUAAGAUAAUUUAGCUGUUGUGAUGAGGUCAAUUUAAUGAGAAGUCAAACUCUCUGCCUCUCUCUUUUGUGUCUCUUUCUCUAGUUUGACCCCCUGCCGAUUGAGAGUAAGAAGGCAGCCACUGUGGUCCUCAUGCUCAAUUCCCCUGAAGAGGAGGUUUUGGCUAAAGCUUGCGAAGCCAUCCACAAAUUUGCAGAGAAAGGUAUGUUUUACCAUUGAUGGUCAUGUUCGUGAGAGAACCAACAUCAUAGCCAUAUGGUAUAAUUUAUUCCUAAAGUAAUCACAUUAUCUGAAAUAACUUGACUGUGGAAAGGCAUAUUAUUAUUAUUAUUAUUAUAUGUAAUGAAGGUGAUAUGUUAAUUUCACCCUGGACCAAAGCUUAGGAGCAGCUUACCUACUGAGCAUAAAGCCAUCUCUCUCUCUCUCUCUCUCUCUCUCUCUCUCUCUCUCUCAAUUCAAUUCAAUUCAAUUCAAUUCAAUUCAAUAGACUUCAUUGACAUGGCAAGUUAAAUUACUUACAUUGUCAAAGUAUACAUAUAACAAAACUGGUGGGACCAACAGCAAUAAUAAUAGUAGUAGUGGAAAUGGGAUCACCAUUAACAGCAACUACAACAACAAUAUUAAUGAGAAUAACAAUACAUUAAAGCAAUAGUAGUCGACCAGUCUCAACAUGACUGAGAAGACACAUUACAUGGUAUGAAAGCCAAAACAAAACAGGAAAUAUUAUUGACAUUACAUUACACUUUUCACUGGCUGUCCCUCAGGUUGUGGCAGGAGGACACAUACAGUUGAAGUCGGAAGUUUACAUACACUUAGGUUGGAGUCAUUAAAACUCAUUUUUCAACCACUCCACACAUUUCUUGUUAACAAACUAUAGUUUUGGCAAGUCGGUUAGGACAUCUACUUUGUGCAUGAAACAAGUAACUUUUUCCAACAAUUGUUUACAGACAGAUUAUUUCACUUAUAAUUCACUGUAUCACAAUUCCAGUGGGUUCAGAAGUUUACAUACACUAAGUUGAUUGUUUUGGGUGACUUGUUUGUCAGUUAGAGUGUGGAGGGUGUAAAUGUGGUCUGUUGUACGAUAAUAAAAAAAAAUUCAUCCAAACUGGCUUCUGCUUAGGAUGUUGUGUUCAUCAAGGAAAUGAUGUAGUCUGCUGUUUAUGAUACUGCAGAGAAUUUUCCCCAAGUUGCUGUUAACGCAAAUUCCUCUGUAAUUAUUUGGGUCAAAUUUGUCUCAAUUUUUAUAGAUUGGUGUGAUCAAUCCUUGGUUCCAAAUGUCGGGGAAAAUACUUGCAGUUAGGAUAAUGUUGAAGAGUUUGAGUAUAGCCAAUUUGAAUUGGUGGUCUGUAUAUUUGAUCAUUUCAUUAAAAAAACCAUCAGCACCACAUGCCUUUUUGGGUUGGAGAGUGCAAAGUUUUUCCAAUAAUUCUUGUUCUGUAAUUGGGGUAUCCACAGGAUUCUGAUAGUCUUUGACUGCUGAUUCAAGGAUUUGUAAUUUUUCUUCUAUAUCUUGUUGUUCUGGGUUCUUUGUUAUAUUGCUGUAGAGGUUUGCAAAGUGAUUUCUCCACAUAUCCCCAUUUUAGAUAGCCAAUUCCUCAUUAUGAGGUUUGUUUAAUUUAUUCAAAUUCUCACAGAAAUUGUUUGAUUCUAUUGAUUCCUCAAUUACAUCCAGCUGAUUUCUAAUGUGCUGUUCCUUUUUUGUUCUCUCUCUCUCUCUCUCUCUCUCUCCCUGUCUCCCCCUGGUGACAGGUGAUGAGAACAGGAGUUCUCUGCUGGGGCUGGGGGCGGUGGAGCCUCUGUCUCACCUCAUCUCCCACGAAGACAAGCUGGUCCGCCGCAACGCCUUCAUGGCCCUGGGGGUCAUGGCUGCCAACAGUAAGGACCCCUGCCCUAACUACUGCUGUAGGAGUAGUAACACAACGCACAAUGCAAAAUCAGUUGUUUAGGGUCGGUCUGGAGUCUGUUCACAGUCUGUUCACUUGUGACUGAAGACAAGAUUGUAGCCAUAAACUUUGGGUAACCUCUGUUUCUGCUCUGUUUGAAAGGUGAUGUAAAAAGACUUCUGAAGAAACUGAAUGUCAUUCCUUCUGUCAUCGGAAAGCUGUCACCUGAAGGUAUUCUCUGGCUGGGCGUGGCUCGCAUCUUCUCAAGUAUCAGUCAUAUGUUAAAUCAUUGUGACAUUUCAUUGUAUCUGCCUGUCUGUCUAUAUCUGUGUGUACCUGUGUGUUUGUUUAUAUGUGUGUACUUCUGUGCCAGAGGAUGUUGUGGUCCAUGAGUUUGCCACCCUGUGCCUGGCCUCCCUGUCGGUGGACUUCAGCUGUAAGGUCCAGAUCUCGGACCAGGAAGGACUAGAGCCACUUAUACAGCUUCUGUCCAGCCCUGACCCUGAUGUCAAGAAGAACUCUGUGGAGUCUAUCUACAACCUGGUGCAGGUGUGUGUGUGUGACCGACGGGGCUUGAACCCAAGCCUCCUGCUCGCCACAAGACUGUGUUAGCCUGCUGAGCUAAAGCCCCAUGUUACAUGUGUGUAGGACCUCCCCAGCCGCGUGGCUGUGCGUGAGCUAAAUGGCGUCCCCCCGCUCCUGGAGCUGUUGAGAUCUGAGUUCCCGGUCAUCCAGCAGCUAUCCCUGAGGACGCUGGUGAUCAUAACCACAGAUACCGACACACGAGCCACCUUCAGGGAGGAGCAGGGCUUUGACAGGCUGCUGGAGUUCCUCUGCAACAAGGUCUGUGUGGCUCAGACCCACCUGGGUCAAAUAUAUUGAUCACAUACUUGGAAGUACCUGUAAAGUAUUUGAGGUGCUCUUGAUCAAGCUUGCAAGCUUGCACUUUUGGGACAAUUCUAUUGAAUUCAUUCUACCAGGUAAACAAAAUGAAGCGUAUCUCGAGUGUGAAGGAAUUUGACUCCUGCCUUCUGUUUGUGUCCUGUAGGAGUUCAGUGAUCUGCAUGUAGAAGCCCUCCAGCUGGUAUCUAACUGUCUGGAGGACAGAGACAGUCUCCAGCUGAUCCAAGAGACUGGAGGUCUCCAGAGGUUACUGCAGUUCAUCACCACUCCCACCCUGCCGGACAUACAGACACACGCUGUCAAGGCCAUCUACAGGGUGGCUCAGAGCUGUAAGGGCUAAGUGUAUGUUGUGUCUGUGUGUGAGUGUGUGUGUGUGUGUGUUUGAAUGCUUAAGUGUGUGAGUGUGUGUGUUCCCCCAUUCCCUGCCCCCCUCCCGCCCCCAAAUCAUCGGCUUUCUCUCUCUCUCUCUUACUCCCCCCACCCCCUCUCUCUUUCUGUCUCUCUGUCCUUCAGCGGAGAACCGCAAGCUGCUCCAUGAGCAGGACAUAGAGCGGUCGCUGGUGGAGCUGCUGUCUCUAGAGGAUGACAGUGUGAGGACUGCUACCUGUCAGGCUAUCGCUGCCAUGAGUCUACACCUGGCCAGCAAAGACUCUUUCAGAGCCCUGGGUGAGACACACACACACAGGCGUGUGCAAACACACACUGACACACACCCGGGCCCUAACCCUAAACUUUCCUUGUGUUCCAGACGGUAUCCGUGCGGUGGUGCAGCUGCUGGGGGGUGAGGGGGGUGAGGUGAGAGAGGCUGCAGCCCAGGCACUGUCCAGCCUUACCAACAGCAACCAGCUCAAUGCAUAGUGAGUUUCACACACACCUAAUGUACUGUAUUGCCUUCUCUCUCUCUACAUCUCUCUCUCUACCUCUCUACCUCUCUUACCUCUCUACAUCUCUCUCUACGCUCUACUCUCUCUACUCUCUACCUUCCUACCAUCUCGCUCUAACUCUCUCUCAGCUCUCUCUCUCUCUACUCUCCUCUCUCUAUCUCUACUCUCUCGCUCUCUCUCUCUCAUCUCUCUUCUCUCUUUCUUACUCUCCUCUCUCUCUCUCUACUCCUCUCUACCUCUCUACUCUCUUCUCCACCUCUCUACCGCCCUCUCUCGCUCUACGCUUCUCUCUACCUCUCUACCUCUCUCUCUACCAUCUCUAACCUCUCUCGCUCUACCGCCUACGCUCUCUCUCUACUCUCUACCUCUCUACUGCUCUCCUCUACUGCUCUCGUCUCUCUAUCUGCCUCUCUCUGCUGCCCUCUCUCUGCUCUUCUCAUCUACCCCACGCCCCCUCUCGCUACGCUUACCGCUCUCUCUCUACCUCUCUCCGCCUCUCUCUCUACCUCUUUCUCUCUACCGCUCUACCUCUCUCUUUCUAUCUCUCUACCUCUCUCUCUCUAUCUCUCUCUCUACCUCUCUACCUCUCUCUCUACCUCUCUCUCUCUCUCUCUUUCUCUCUACCUCUCUCUCUCUACCUCUCUCUCUCUAUACCUCUCUCUCUCUACCUCUCUACCUCUCUCUCUCUACCUCUCUCUCUCUCUACCUCUCUUCCGCUCUACCUCUAUGUCACUCCCUCAGUGUUAUGUACACUUUGUGUGUGUGUGCGUGCGUCCAUUCAUGCGUGCGUGUCUGUGUGUGUGUCAGUGCUGUCUAUGAGGCUGAGGGAGAUGAGGGCAUGGUUCAGCAGCUCCGUGACGUUAUUCCCGGUGCGGUGGCUCACGCUGCAGCCGUCCUCACCAAUAUGGCCGAACAGGAAGUCCUCCGCUGCAGCAUCCUGUCCCACGGGGCCAUGGCUGCCCUCCUGGAGCCGCUGCAGUCUGCGGACACACAUACCCUGGUUCGAGCCACGCAGGCCGUCGCCGCUCUCGCCUGCGAUGCUGAGGGACGGGCAGACGUGAGUGUGUCUUUGUCCGAAGUGCUGGUCUUUCAGACCUGGAUCAAAUAUUUGUCAAAUUCUUGAGCUGCACAUACACUACCAGUCAAAAGUUUGGACACACCUACUCAUUCCAGGGUUUUUCUUUAUUUAGGUUAUUUUUUACAUUGUAGAAUAAUAGUGAAGACAUCAAAACUAUGAAAUAACACAUAUGGAAUCAUGUAGUAACCAAAAAAGUGUUAAACAAAUAAAAAUAUAGUUUAUAUUUGAGAUUAUUCAAAUAGUCACCCUUAGCCUUGAUGACAGUUUAGCAAACUUUUUUAUUUUUAUUUUUUUAAAUUUUUUUUAGGUGAAUGGAUCAGCUUAAUAUUGCAGAUAUAUUGUAUCUUCUAUCAAUGUAAUUGUCUGCAUCACUUCCAAUCCCCCAUGUUUAUUUUUAUUUUUUAUAUAUAUAUUCCCCUUUAUUACUUUUCAACCCCACCAUCCUUUCCCUACUUGGAGUAAAUUAGUGAACAACAAUGCCCAGGCGUCUACUUCCGGUCUAUACUUACUAUCUACACCUUAUGGACAGAGUUCAUUUUACAAUAAUUCUAUUAUAUAUAUAUAUAUAUAUUUUUUUUUUUGCUCCUGAACUUCUUCUACUCUCAACCUCUCCGAUCAUUUUCAUGGUGUCCAUCUGGUUUGCCAUAUCUUUCUAACUGUGCUCCUUCCCAAAAGCUCCCAACAUACAACCUAUAUACUUAUUAUGGACACAGUAUGCUUACAUUAUUAGCUAUCUUUGUUAUUAUUUGUUGUUAUUUGUUAUUAGUCCCAUCCUUCAACUCUAUUCAAUACCUCCCAUCUAUCUCUUAACACCAUCCAUAUAGGAUUUCUAUUUGCCAUAUAUAUUUCGACCGUACUGUGAUGUUUUACAAAAAUUCUGAACCUUUCUAUUUGCACACGCUUUGCACACUCUUGGCAUUCUCUCAACCAACUUCAUGAGGUAGACACCAGGAAUGCAUUUCAAUUAACAGGUGUGCCUUCUUAAAAGUUAAUUUGUGGAAUUUAUUUCCUCAAUACGGAACAUUUCAAGAACUUUGAAAGUUUCUUCAAGUGCAGCCGCAAAAACCAUCAAGAACUAUGAUGAAACUGGCUCUCAUGAGGACUGCCACAGGAAUGGAAGACCCAGAGUUACCUCUGCUGCAGAGGAUAAGUUCAUUAGCGUUACCAGCCUCAAAUUGCAGCCCAUAUAAAUGUUUCACAGAGUUCAAGUAACAGACACUCAACAUCAACUGUUCAGAGGGGACUGUGUGAAUCAGGCCUUCGUGGUCGAAUUGCUGCAAAGAAACCACUACUAAAGGACAUCAAUAAGAAGAAGAGACUUGCUUGGGCCAAGAAACAUGAGCUGUGGACAUUAGACCGGUGGAAAUGUGUCCUUUGGUCUGGAGUCCAAAUUUGAGAUUAUUGGUUCCAACCACUGUGUCUUUGUGAGACGCGGUGUGGGUGAACGGAUGAUCUCUGCAUGUGUAGUUCCCUCUGUAAAGCAUGGAGGAGGAGGUGUUAUGGUGUGGGAGUGCUUUGCUGGUGACACUGUCUGUGAUUUAUUUAGAAUUCAAGGCACACUUAACCAGCAUGGCUACCACAGCAUUCUGCAGCGAUACACCAUCCCAUCUGGUUUGGGCUUAGUGGGACUAUCAUUUGUUUUUUCAACAGGACAAUGACCCAAUACACCUCCAGGCUGUGUAAGGGCUAUUUUACCAAGAAGGAGAGUGAUGGAGUUCUGCAUCAGAUGACCUGGCCUCCACAAUCCCCCGACCUCAACCCAAUUGAGAUGGUUUGGGAUGAGUCGGACGGCAGAGUGAAGGAAAAGCAGCCAACAAGUGCUCUGCAUAUGUGGAAACUCCUGCAAGGCUGUUGGAAAAGCAUUCCAGGUGAAGUUGAGAGAAUACCAAGAGUGUGCAAAGCUAUCAUCAAAGCAAAGGGUGGCUAUUUGAAGAAUCUCAAAUAUAAAAUAUAUUUUGAUUUGUUUAACACUUUUUUGGUUUUACAACAUAAUUCCAUAUGUGUUAUUUCAUAGUUUUGAUGUCUUCACUAUUAUUCUACAAUGUAGAAAAUAGUAAAAAUAAAGAAAAACCCUUGAAUGAGUAGGUUUGUCCAAACUUUUGACUUCUACUGUAGUUUGCCUGGUACAGUGGAACCAAUGGAAUAGUCCCAAAAGUGCAAACUCCAACUCCUUCCUCUCAUUCCAUCUCUUCCUGUUGUUUAGCUGAGGAAUGCGGGAGGCCUUGUCCCAUUGGUCCAACUGCUACGGUCCAAUCACAAGGAGGUUCGCCGCAAUGCAUGCUGGGCCAUCAGUGUGUGUGCCAACGAUGAGCCCACUGCCGUGGAGAUGUGCAAGCUGGGGUGAGUGUGUGUGUGUAUGUGAAUACCACAGAUUGCAUAAUGAAAUGCUGUUGUGAUUAUAAUCUCUAGAGAUUAUAGACACACACACACAAACACACAUACAGUGAGGGAAAAAAGUAUUUGAUCCCCUGCUGAUUUUGUACGUUUGCCCACUUACAAAGAAAUGAUCAGUCUAUAAUUUUAAUGGUAGGUUUAUUUGAACAGUGAGAGACAGAAUAACAACAAAAAAAUCCAGAAAAACGCAUGUCAAAAAUGUUAUAAAUUGAUUUGCAUUUUAAUGAGGGAAAUAAGUAUUUGACCCCCUCUCAAACAGAAACAUUUCUGUUUCCCAGGUGUCUUUUUUACAGGUAACGAGCUGAGAUUAGGAGCACACUCUUAAAGGGAGUGCUCCUAAUCUCAGUUUGUUACCUGUAUAAAAGACACCUGUCCACAGAAGCAAUCAAUCAAUCAGAUUCCAAACUCUCCACUAUGGCCAAGACCAAAGAGCUCUCCAAGGAUGUCAGGGACAAGAUUGUAGACCUACACAAGGCUGGAAUGGGCUACAAGACCAUCGCCAAGGAGCUUGGUGAGAAGGUGACAACAGUUGGUGCAAUUAUUCACAAAUGGAAGAAACACAAAAUAACUGUCAAUCUCCCUCGGCCUGGGGCUCCAUGCAAGAGCUCACCUCGUGGAGUUGCAAUGAUCAUGAGAACGGUGAGGAAUCAGCCCAGAACUACACGGGAGGAUCUUGUCAAUGAUCUCAAGGCAGCUGGGACCAUAGUCACCAAGAAAACAAUUGGUAACACACUACGCCGUGAAGGACUGAAAUCCUGCAGCGCCCGCAAGGUCCCCCUGCUCAAGAAAGCACAUAUACAGGCCCGUCUGAAGUUUGCCAAUGAACAUCUGAAUGAUUCAGAGGAGAACUGGGUGAAAGUGUUGUGGUCAGAUGAGACCAAAAUCGAGCUCUUUGGCAUUAACUCAACUCGCCGUGUUUGGAGGAGGAGGAAUGCUGCCUAUGACCCCAAGAAUACCAUCCCCACCGUCAAACAUGGAGGUGGAAACAUUAUGCUUUGGGGGUGUUUUUCUGCUAAGGGGACAGGACAACUUCACCGCAUCAAAGGGACGAUGGACGGCGCCAUGUACCGUCAAAUCUUGGGUGAGAACCUCCUUCCCUCAGCCAGGGCAUUGAAAGUGGGUCGUGGAUGGGUAUUCCAGCAUGACAAUGACCCAAAACACACGGCCAAGGCAACAAAGGAGUGGCUCAAGAAGAAGCACAUUACGGUCCUGGAGUGGCCUAGCCAGUCUCCAGACCUUAAUCCCAUAGAAAAUCUGUGGAGGGAGCUGAAGGUUCAAGUUGCCAAACGUCAGGCUCUAAACCUUAAUGACUUGGAGAAGAUCUGCAAAGAGGAGUGGGACAAAAUCCCUCCUGAGAUGUGUGCAAACCUGGUGGCCAACUACAAGAAACGUCUGACCUCUGAGAUUGCCAACAAGGGUUUUGCCACCAAGUACUAAGUCAUGUUUUGCAGAGGGUGUCACGGAUUCAGCCGAGGCUGCUCCUCCUCCUUGCUCGGGCAGGCUACCGGAGUACUAGCUGCUACCGAUCUAUGUUUCUGUGUUCUACUUGUCUUGUCUUUAUUGUUCACACCUGGUUCCCAUUAGGUAUUGAUUACUUCCCUAUUUAACCCUCUGGCUCCCACUGUAUGUUGUGCGUGUUUGUUCAUGUUUGGUUGUCGUCUGGUGAGCGGGUUUGUUUCCUCCCUGUGUGGAGGUUAUGUUAAUUAUGUUACCUACGAGUAAAGUACGUUUUCGAUUAACUCUAUGUCCUGCGCCUGAGUUCGUCUUACCGCAUCACACUGACAAAAAAUACUUAUUUCCCUCAUAAAAAUGCAAAUCAAUUUAUAACAUUUUUGACAUGCGUUUUUCAGGAUUUUUUUGUUGUUAUUCUGUCUCUCACUGUUCAAAUAAACCUACCAUUAAAAUUAUAGACUGAUCAUGUCUUUGUCAGUGGGCAAACGUACAAAAUCAGCAGGGGAUAAAAUACUUUUUUCCCUCACUGUAGUAGUAUUUUAGUGGUGAUCCAUGGGAGAGAUUUACUAAGGAGCCAGCAGAUGGCAGUAUUGCUCUGUUCAAUUUAGUGUCAGCUGUGAAGGUGUGUGUUUAUUUGUGUGUGUUGUGUUGUGUAUGACAAUGUGUGUUUGUCUGUGUGUGUUUAUCUGUGUGUGUGUCAGGGCCUUGGACUUGUUGCAGGAGAUCAACAGCUCAGAUAACCGUAGGAAUAAGUUUAGUGAGAUUGCUCUAAAGAGACUGCUGGACUCCAACCUGUCUCUCAAAUACAGCCUGACCAACACACUGGCUUCCACAGACAUCACUAUGGACGGCUUCUACGACCCUGGACAGGUAGGGUUGAGGGUGUGUGUGUUACAUCCUUCUCAGCACUUACGCUUGCCUCCUGCUAGUCUCUCUCUCUCUCUCUCUCUCUGUCUCUCUCUGUCUCUCUGUCUCUGUCUCUCUCUCUCUCUCUCUCUGUCUCUCUCUCUCUCUCUGUCUCUCUCUCUCUCUCUCUCUCUCUCUCUCUCUCUCUCUCUCUCUCUCUGUCUCUCUCUCUGUCUCUGUCAGGCUCGUUCGGGCCAGAGGGUGUUGACUCUAGAGGAUCUGUCUAAACAGCCAGUCAACCAGCGACGGCCUGUCAUUGCUAUUAACGCAAAACCCCCCGACACGUGAGUAUGAUUAUCGUUCACACCAACCCAACGACAUACAUACAUAUAUAUAUAUAUAUAUAUAUAUAUAUAUAUAUAUAUAUAUAUAUACAGUUGAAGUCGGAAGUUUACCUUAACCUUAGCCAAAUACAUUUAAACUCAGUUUAUCACAAUUCCAGACAUAUAAUCCUAGUAAAAAUUCCCUGUUUUAGGUCAGUUAGGAUCACCACUUUAUUUUAAGAAUGUGAAAUGUCAGAAUAAUAGUAGAGAGAAUUAUUUCUUUCAGCUUUUAUUUCUUUCAUCACAUUCCCAGUGGGUCAGAAGUUUACAUACACUCAAUUAUUAUUUGGUAGCAUUGCCUUUAAAUUGUUUAACUUGGGUCAAACGUUUCGGGUAGCCUUCCACAAGCUUCCCACAAUAAGUUGGGUGAAUUUUGGGCCAUUCCUCUUGACAGAGCUGGUGUAACUGAGUCAGGUUUGUAGGCCUCCUUGCUCGCACACGCUUUUUCAGUUCUGCCCACAAAUGUUCUAUAGGACUGAGGUCAGGGCUUUGUGAUGACCACUCCAAUACCUUGACUUUGUUGUCCUUAAGCCAUUUUGCCACAACUUUGGAAGUAUGCUUGGGGUCAUUGUCCAUUUGGAAGACCCAUUUGCGACCAAGCUUUAACUUCCUGACUGAUGUCUUGAGAUGUUGCUUCAAUAUAUCCACAUAAUUUUCCUUCCUCAUGAUGCCAUCUAUUUUGUGAAGUGCACCAGUCCCUCCUGCAGCAAAGCACCCCCACAGCAUGAUGCUGCCACCCCCGUGCUUCACGGUUGGGAUGGUGUUCUUCGGCUUGCAAGUGACCCCAUUUUUCCUCCAAACAUAACGAUGGUCAUUAUGGCCAAACAGUUCUAUUUUUGUUUCAUCAGACCAGAGGACAUUUCUCCAAAAAGUACGAUAUUUGUCCCCAUGUGCAGUUGCAAACCCUAGUCUGGCUUUUUUAUGGCGGUUUUGGAGCAGUAGCUUCUUCCUUGCUGAGCGGCCUUUCAGGUUAUGUCGAUAUAGGACUCGUUUUACUGUGGAUUUUCCUCCAGCAUCUUUACAAGGUCCUUUGCUGUUGUUCUGGGAUUGAUUUGCACCUUUCGCACCAAAGUACGUUCAUCUCUAGGAGACAGAACGCGUCUCCAUCCUGAGCGGUAUGACGGCUGCGUGGUCCCAUGGUGUUUAUAUUUGCGUACUAUUGUUUGUACAGAUGAACGUGGUACCUUCAGGCGUUUGGAAAUUGCUCCCAAGGAUGAACCAGACUUGUGGAGGUCCACAAUUUGUUUUCGGAGGUCUUGGCUGAUUUCUUAUGAUUUUCCCAUGAUGUCAAGCAAAGAGGCACUGAGUUUGAAGGUAGGCCUUGAAAUACAUCCACAGGUACACCUCCAAUUGACUCAAAUGAUGUCAAUUAACCUAUCAGAAGCUUCUAAAGUCAUGACAUACUUUUCUGAAAUGUUCCAAGCUGUUUAAAGGCACAGUCAAGUUAGUGUAUGUAAACUUCUGACCCACUGGAAUUGUGAUACUGUGAAAUAAUCUGUCUGUAAACAAUUGUUGGAAAAAUUACUUGUGUCAUGCUCAAAGUAGAUGUCCUAACUGACUUGCCAAAACUAUAGUUUGUUAACAAGAAAUUUGUGGAGUGGUUGAAAAAUUAGUUUUAAUGUCUCCAACCUAAGUGUAUGUAAACUUCCGACUUCAACUGUAUACAGUGGGGGAAAAAAGUAUUUAGUCAGCUACCAAUUGUGCAAGUUCUCCCACUUAAAAAGAUGAGAGAGGCCUGUAAUUUUCAUCAUAGGUACACGUCAACUAUGACAGACAAAUUGAGAAUUUUUUCCAGAAAAUCACAUUGUAGGAUUUUUUAUGAAUUUAUUUGCAAAUUAUGGUGGAAAAUAAGUAUUUGGUCACCUACAAACAAGCAAGAUUUCUGGCUCUCACAGACCUGUAACUUCUUCUUUAAGAGGCUCCUCUGUCCUCCACUCGUUACCUGUAUUAAUGGCACCUGUUUGAACUUGUUAUCAGUAUAAAAGACACCUGUCCACAACCUCAAACAGUCACACUCCAAACUCCACUAUGGCCAAGACCAAAGAGCUGUCAAAGGACACCAGAAACAAAAUUGUAGACCUGCACCAGGCUGGGAAGACUGAAUCUGCAAUAGGUAAGCAGCUUGGUUUGAAGAAAUCAACUGUGGGAGCAAUUAUUAGGAAAUGGAAGACAUACAAGACCACUGAUAAUCUCCCUCGAUCUGGGGCUCCACGCAAGAUCUCACCCCGUGGGGUCAAAAUGAUCACAAGAACGGUGAGCAAAAAUCCCAGAACCACACGUGGGGACCUAGUGAAUGACCUGCAGAGAGCUGGGACCAAAGUAACAAAGCCUACCAUCAGUAACACACUACGCCGCCAGGGACUCAAAUCCUGCAGUGCCAGACGUGUCCCCCUGCUUAAGCCAGUACAUGUCCAGGCCCGUCUGAAGUUUGCUAGAGUGCAUUUGGAUUAUCCAGAAGAGGAUUGGGAGAAUGUCAUAUGGUCAGAUGAAACCAAAAUAGAACUUUUUGGUAAAAACUCAACUCGUCGUGUUUGGAGGACAAAGAAUGCUGAGUUGCAUCCAAAGAACACCAUACCUACUGUGAAGCAUGGGGGUGGAAACAUCAUGCUUUGGGGCUGUUUUUCUGCAAAGGGACCAGGACGACUGAUCCGUGUAAAGGAAAGAAUGAAUGGGGCCAUGUAUCGUCAGAUUUUGAGUGAAAACCUCCUUCCAUCAGCAAGGGCAUUGAAGAUGAAAUGUGGCUGGGUCUUUCAGCAUGACAAUGAUCCCAAACACACCGCCCGGGCAACGAAGGAGUGGCUUCGUAAGAAGCAUUUCAAGGUCCUGGAGUGGCCUAGCCAGUCUCCAUAUCUCAACCCCAUAGAAAAUCUUUGGAGGGAGUUGAAAGUCUGUGUUGCCCAGCGACAGCCCCGAAACAUCACUGCUCUAGAGGAGAUCUGCAUGGAGGAAUGGGCCAAAAUACCAGCAACAGUGUGUGAAGACUUACAGAAAACAUUUGACCUGUGUCAUUGCCAACAAAGGGUAUAUAACAAAGUAUUGAGAAACUUGUUAUUGACCAAAUACUUAUUUUCCACCAUAAUUUGCAAAUAAAUUCAUUAAAAAUCCUACAAUGUGAUUUUUUUUCCUCAUUUUGUCUCUCAUAGUUGACGUGUACCUAUGAUGAAAAUUACAGGCCUCUCUCAUCUUUUUAAGUGGGAGAACUUGCACAAUUGGUGGCUGACUAAAUACUUUUUUCCCCCACUGUAUAUAGUACCAGUCAAAAGGUUGGACACACCUACUCAUUCAAGGGUUUUUCUUUAUUUUUACUAUUUUCUACAUUGUAGAAUAAUAGUGAAGACAUUAAAACCAUGAAAUAACACAAAUGGAAUCAUGUAGUAACCAAAAAAACGUUGAAAGUUUCUUUAAGUGCAGUCGUAAAAACCAUCAAGCGCUAUGAUGAAACUGGCUCUCAUGAGGACCGCCACAGGAAUGGAAGACCCAGAGUUACCUCUGCUGCAGAGGAUAAGUUCAUUAGAGUUACCAGCCUCAGAAAUUGCAGCCCAAAUAAAAGCUUCACAGAGCUUCACAGACACAACUCAACAUCAACUGUUCAGAGGGGACUGUGUGAAUCAGGCCUUCAUGGUCGAAUUGCUGCAAAGAAAACCACUAUUAAAGGACACCAAUAAUAAGAAGAGACCUGCUUGGGCCAAGAAACACGAGCAAUGGACAUUAGACCGGUGGAAAUGUGUCCUUUGGUCUGGAGUCCAAAUUUGAAAUUUUUGGUUCCAACUGCCGUGUCUUUGUGAGACGCUGUGUGGGUGAACGGAUGAUCUCCGCAUGUGUAGUUCCCACUGUAAAGCAUGGAGGAGGAGGUGUUAUGGUGUGGGGGUGCUUUGCUGGUGACACUGUCUGUGAUUUAUUUAGAAUUCAAGGCACACUUCACCAGCAUGGCUACCACAGCAUUCUGCAGCGAUACGCCAUCCCAUCUGGUUUGGGCUUAGUGGGACUAUCAUUUGUUUUUCAUCAGGACAAUGACCCAACACACAUCCAGGCUGUGUAAGGGCUAUUUUACCAAGAAGGAGAGUGAUGGAGUGCUGUAGCAGAUGACCUGGCCUCCACAAUCCCCCGACCUCAUCCCAAUUGAAAUGGUUUGGAAUGAGUCGGACAGCAGAGUGAAGGAAAAGCAGCCAACAAGUGCUCAGCAUAUGUGAGAACUCCUUCAAGAAUGUUGGAAAAGCAUUCCAGGUGAAGCUGGUUGAGAGAAUGUCAAGAGUGUGCAAAGCUGUCAUCAAUGCAAAGGGUGACUAUUUGAAGAAUCUCAAAUAUAAAAUAUAUUUUGAUUUGUUUAACACUUCUUUGUUUCAUAGUUUUGAUGUCUUCACUAUUAUUCUACAAUGUAAAAAAUAGUAAAAAUAAUGAAAAGCCCUUGAAUGAGUAGGUGUGUCCAAACUUUUGACUGGUACUGUAUAUAUAUGAAUUAACCUUGGUGUCUGGCUCCUGGGUUUAGAGAUUGUAGCUUCUAGAUUCCCCCUUCUUUUUCUGGGCCUCUCUCUGCCCAGGGCUGUGUUCCAAAACUCUUCAAACUCUGUCCUCUCAUUUCCCUUUGCGUUGUUGACAAUCCCCUCUGUGUGUCUGGUCUGUGAGCACUGACUCUGGAAGCCAUGUGCUCUCUCCUCCACUAUGCCCCCUCAGUGAUAGAGUAGUGAUAGCGUAGUGUGUAGUGAUAGUGUAGUGAUAGUGUAGUGAUAUUGUAGUGAUAGUGUAGUGAUAGUGUAGUGUGUAGUGAUAGUGUAGUGAUAGUGUAGUGGUAGUGAUAGUGUAGUGAUAGUGUAGUGGUAGUGAUAGUGUAGUGAUAGGGUAGUGAUAUUGUAGUGAUAGAGUAGUGAUAGAGUAGUGAUAUUGUAGUGAUAGUGUAGUGGUAGUGAUAGGGUAGUGAUAGGGUAGUGAUAGAGUAGUGUGUAGUGGUAGUGAUAGAGUAGUGAUAGUGUAGUGUGUAGUGAUAGAGUAGUGGUAGUGUGUAGUGAUAGAGUAGUGUGUAGUGAUAGGGUAUUGGUAGGGUAGUGUGUAGUGAUGUGGUAGUGUGUAGUGAUAGAGUAGUGUGUAGUGAUAGAGUAGUGAUAGAGUAGUGUGUAGUGAUAGAGUAGUGUGUAGUGAUAGAGUAGUGAUAGAGUAGUGUGUAGUGAUAGGGUAGUGUGUAGUGGUAGUGUGUAGUGAUAGAGUAGUGUGUAGUGGUAGUGUGUAGUGAUAGGGUAGUGUGUAGUGAUGGAGUAGUGUGUAGUGAUAGAGUAGUGUGUAGUGAUAGAGUAGUGUGUAGUGAUAGAGUAGUGUGUAGUGAUAGAGUAGUGUGUAGUGAUAAGAGUAGUGAUAGAGUAGUGUGUAGUGAUAGAGUAGUGAUAGAGUAGUGUGUAGUGAUACAGUAGUGUGUAGUGAUAGAGUAGUGUGUAGUGAUAGAGUAGUGAUAGAGUAGUGUGUAGUGAUAGAGUAGUGUGUAGUGAUAGAGUAGUGUGUAGUGAUAGAGUAGUGAUAGAGUAGUGUGUAGUGAUAGAGUAGUGUGUAGUGAUAGAGUAGUGUGUAGUGAUAGAGUAGUGUGUAGUGAUAGAGUAGUGUGUAGUGAUAGAGUAGUGUGUAGUGAUAAGAGUAUUAGUAGUGAUAAGAGUAGUGUGUAGUGAUAGAGUAGUGAUAGAGUAGUGGUAGUGAUAGAGUAGUGUGUAGUGAUAAAAGUAUUAGUAGUGAUAAGAGUAGUGAUAGAGUAGUGUGUAGUGAUAGAGUAGUGUGUAGUGAUAGAGUAGUGUGUAGUGAUAGAGUAGUGUGUAGUGAUAGAGUAGUGUGUAGUGAUAGAGUAGUGGUAGUGAUAGAGUAGUGUGUAGUGAUAGAGUAGUGAUAGAGUAGUGUGUAGUGAUAGAGUAGUGAUAGAGUAGUGUGUAGUGAUAGAGUAGUGAUAGAGUAGUGUGUAGUGAUAGAGUAGUGUGUAGUGAUAGAGUAGUGGUAGUGAUAGAGUAGUGAUAGAGUAGUGUGUAGUGAUAGAGUAGUGUGUAGUGAUAGAGUAGUGAUAGAGUAGUGUGUAGUGAUAGAGUAGUGUGUAGUGAUAGAGUAGUGAUAGAGUAGUGUGUAGUGAUAGAGUAGUAUGUAGUGAUAAGAGUAUUAGUAGUGAUAAGAGUAUUAGUAGUGAUAAGAGUAGUGAUAGAGUAGUGUGUAGUGAUAGAGUAGUGUGUAGUGAUAGAGUAGUGUGUAGUGAUAGAGUAGUGUGUAGUGAUAGAGUAGUGUGUAGUGAUAGAGUAGUGAUAGAGUAGUGUGUAGUGAUAGAGUAGUGUGUAGUGAUAGAGUAGUGAUAGAGUAGUGUGUAGUGAUAGAGUAGUAUGUAGUGAUAAGAGUAUUAGUAGUGAUAAGAGUAUUAGUAGUGAUAAGAGUAGUGUGUAGUGAUAGAGUAGUGUGUAGUGAUAGAGUAGUGGUAGUGUGUAGUGAUAGAGUAGUGUGUAGUGAUAGAGUAGUGUGUAGUGAUAGAGUAGUGUGUAGUGAUAGAGUAGUGAUAGAGUAGUGGUAGUGAUAGAGUAGUGAUAGAGUAGUGUGUAGUGAUAGAGUAGUAUGUAGUGAUAAGAGUAUUAGUAGUGAUAAGAGUAUUAGUAGUGAUAAGAGUAGUGUGUAGUGAUAGAGUAGUGUGUAGUGAUAGAGUAGUGAUAGAGUAGUGGUAGUGAUAGAGUUGUCCUAUUGUUAGUGUUUAGGGGGAGAGGGGAGUAGAUGUGGGACUGAUGCUGCUGCAUGUUAAACCUAACUGGGCUUCAGUCAGGGACGGUAGUCAGAGACAGUAGUCAGGUACAGUAGUCAGGUACAGUAGUCAGAGCCUGUAGUCAGGGCCUGUAGUCAGAUACAGUAGUUGGGGAUGGUAGUCAGGGACAGUAGUCAGUAGUCAGGGACAGUAGUCAGUAGUCAGGGACAGUAGUUGGAGAUGGUAGUCAGGGACAGUAGUUGGAGAUGGUAGUCAGGGCCAGUAGUCAGGGCUGGGAGCUAUAGGGCUUCAGAAAGACACAACAACCAUACAUGCUACUCCCAUCAGACUCAUUAAUAAGCUGACAUUUAACUCCUUAAGGACUCACUGUAUAUGUCAAUGCAUCUACAGUAUGUGCUUGGAGAUGUUUUUGUUAUCUGAUCAGUGACUAGAAUGAGCAUGAAAGUGUGUGUGUGUGUGUGUUUUUUAACUGUACUGUACCUGUCCUGCAGGGUGUCAGUGGAUCAGUCAGAGGAGAGGCAACAGGACAGCCCCACCGAGACUCGCACCGCAUCUGUACUCAGCAGCAAGGGAACCACCAGGACCCCCAGGUGUGUGUGUGUGUGUGUGUGUGUGUGUGAGAGAGAUAGAACAAGAGAGAGAGUGUAUGUGUGUGUUAGAACUGAAGUACAGUCAAUUAAAUCAAAUUUAUUUUAUAAAGCUCUUUUUACCAAGCGUAAAACCCCGAAGAGAAAACAAUGCCGAUUUAGAAGCACAGUGGAACUUAGAAAGAGAGGAACCUGGCUCUGCGGGGUGACCAGUCCUCUUCCAGCAGUAUGUAUCAAUAGGACAGUUAAAGUGGGAUAAAACAUAUCUUUGUCAUUCUCUUUCCUUUCUCUCUCACACUCUCUUCCUGUAGUAAAGGGAGGAGUAAAGGGCGGAGGGAGGACGACAAACUGAGAGAUGAGGAUGAGAGUAAGCCCCAGCAGGAGGUAGCCACGGUAACAGAGAAGCCGUGGAUGCUUCCGUAUGAUGCUACAUUCCACGCCCUGGUUACCAAGGCCACCAAGACCAUCCUCCCGCUGCUUGCGGAGAGUGAGCAGUACAGCGCCUUAGCCAGGUCAGAAAGACAGCACUGAAAUAACCUACAAAUAAUCAACUGACAACCAACACACAACCUCAAAUGACUAACACACAACUAAGAAUGAGCUACCCACAACUAACACACAACCCCACUAACAGGCAUUUUACUUCUGCUCUUUUUUUCUGAACACUUUUUUUGUUGUUGUUUUUAAUUUCAUUUUUUUAUUUUUUUAUUUUUUUUAUACAUAUUUUAAUUUUUUUAACUUUUUUGUUAAAAAUAAAUGCACUGUUGGUUAAGGGCUGUAAGUAAGCAUUUCACUGUAAUGUCUGCACCUGUUGUAUUCGGCGCAUGUGGCCAAUAAAAUUUGAUUUGAUUUGAUUCCUUUAUCAUUUGUUGUGGCUGCUGCCACUUAGCCCCUAUCUGCUGUGUGAUUGGCUAUUAGGCUGGUGAGUGAGGUGAUGGGCGGGGCGGUGGAGGUGGAUAGACAGCAUGACUUCCUGUGGGAGCUCCACCUCAGCGAGCUGCGUUACGAACUACAGUCCAACAUCAUCCCCAUCGGACAGAUACGCAAGGGAACCUACUACCAUAGGGCUCUGCUUUAUAAGGUGGGUAGUGUACUAUCUCUCCCCCCUCUCUCUCUCUUUAUCUCUCUCCCUCUCUCUUAUUCUAGUCCCUAACUCCUCUCUCUCCCCAGGUGUUGGCUGACCGAAUAGGUGUGAGUUGUAGCCUGGUGAGAGGGGAGUAUAACCGGGCGUGGAAUGAGGUCCUCCUCUCAGUUGGGACGCCCCACUACCCAAGGUGCCAGCCCCAGCCCAGAGCUCACCUGGUAGACCUCAUACAGCAGCCUGGGAGGCUGCUGAGAGCCAAUACACCCCAGGCUAUACAAUACCAGACUAUAUAA